AUGACGUAUUCAACGCAGUCGUCAUCGACUCUAGUGGCUAUACGCAGAGACGAGUGUUUCUUCCCCAUCAGCAGCCAUUCUAUCUCCCUUUCUUCGGUGCUGUCUUACUUGAUUGACUGGAUCUUCUACAUCAGUCUCACCACGCUAGCUCUUGUAUACGCCAAGAUUGUGUCCCCGCUUUUCGCCGAAUUCUACCUCUACAACACCUCGCUAUGGUACAGCCAUAUUCCGACCGACCUCACCAUUGUGCCCACGUUUCUUCUCAUCAUCUACUCGAUUCUGAUCCCCAUUGGCCAAUUUGCACUCACCAUUGGAUUCACCACCUCUCAUAGAUGGCACAGACGACUCUGGGACCUGCACGCUAUCCUCCUGACCCUGAUGGCGGCCCACGCCCUGCAAACUGUGAUUGUAUCGCUCCUAAAAAAUCUGGUGGGAGCCCCCCGGCCAGAUAUGCUCGCAAGAUGUAGACCCAUGUCCUGGAUGCGUCCGUCAUUCGGAACUCUUUCCAACGUCGGCAUUUGCACACAAACAGACAUUGGACAUCUUGAAGAAGGGUUUCGGUCGUUUCCUUCCGCCCAUUCCGCCACGGCAUUCACAUCGGCUAUGGUUCAAGUCCUUUUUUGGAUCGCCCGAACCCGGAUGCUGGACUGCUCUGGGUGGUCUUGGAAGCUGCUUCUCAGCCUGGUUCCACUUCUGUCGGCUUCUGCAGUCGCCUUCUCACGCAUCUCAGACAAUAGACACCACGUCUUCGACGUGAUCAUCGGAAUGCUGAUUGGUCUGAUUGCAGGCUAUCUCGCCUUUAUCCACUACUUUCCGUUCCCCACCUUUGCCAACGUCUGUACCGGGGGACGGGCAUACUCGCCUCGAUGUGGUAUUCUGGGGAGCGUGGGCUGCUGGUCGUUGGGCGACGAGACGGGCUGUUUGCGAACCAAGCUGUUCAAAACCCCCAAAUGCUCUGUCAAGGCAACCUUCACCAUGGGAUGUGGAACAGAGCUCUGUGUCUGCAAGAAGCCCUCAUGUGGAGCGUGCUCUGUGGGAGGGGAAGGGGCCAAAUGCUCUCUACGGUGCUCAAUUAGAAACUGCACGGGAAAUGCAUGCACCUCGCGGCCUGUAAGCAGGAGAUCUACCAGACGAACCCCUAGUCGGCGGUCCCGAAGAUCUCACCAGACCUAUCCGGGAAGGUCUUCUGAAACAGCCUGUCUGCCCUCUUGUUCUCCUACAUGUACAGGCAACUGUCACGACACCACUUGUAGUAGUUGCGACAGCUCAGCAACGGCCACCGAGCCGUCGCACACAAGAUCUGCUCACCGAUGCACCAACCCGGUGUGCACCAUUGCGGGCUGUAUAGGAGCUUGUUUGCGACGGGUCACCAGCCGACCCCGAUGUACGACUGUGGGUUGUACUGUGGCCAAUUGCAUUGGUAUCUCUUGCUUGGUGGGACGAGUGCGCACUUGUCGUAUUCCCUGGUGUCGUAACGAGCGAUGCAUGAGGCUUGCUCGAGAGCAUUGUUUUGAUGAGGAAGCUUCUAUCAUUGAUGUUGGAGGGGGAAGAUCCAGAGCUUCUAGGCACCGUAGGGUGAGUAGACAUGCCAUUACUCCCUAA